CAUGCUGCCCAAAACCCGCCUCUUGUUUCACAUCGCCCUCCUGCCGCUGUAUAUAAGCCUCGCAUUCUACCUAGGUUUCGUUCCCCAACCUGUUUCAGACAAACUGUCUUCCCUGCUCCGACUCGCAAAAGCCAACCUCCGCACGCAGCAUCUUAGGACAGUCAUCACUCGAGGCCUUUCCACCGCUACGGAUAUCAACGACACCAUGUCAGCAUUGAAGUUCGUCCCUCGUCGAAGUGAAGAGCGAGGUCAUGCAGACCACGAUUGGCUCAAGACAUUUCACACCUUCUCCUUCGCCAGGUACCAAGACCGCGAGCACGAGCAGUUUGGCUGUCUUCGUGUCAUCAACGAAGAUCGUGUCGCGCCUCGUACUGGGUUUGGCACACAUUCACAUCGCGAAUUCGAGAUCUUUUCGUAUGUCGUCGCAGGAGAGCUCGAACGCAAGGAUUCGAUGGGCAACACCGAGGUCCUCAAACGAGGUGACAUCCAACUAACGUCCGCUGGUACGGGGAUCUCCCACUCCGAAAAGGCGUACGGCAGCAAGGAAGUCCACUUCCUCCAAAUCUGGUCCCUACCCCACACGUCCCGCCUCCAACCCAAAUACUUCACGCGACACUUCUCCGACGCCGAGAAGACGGACAAGUGGGCUCAGGUCGUCGCACCCGUCGGUGCCAACGGCGUCCUCCCAGAACGAGAGGGGGCUGGACCUGCCCCUGUGCAAAGCCAGCUCUCUCUGUACGCGACCUUGCUUGGGCAGGGAAAGAGCUUGAGCCGGCCGCUUGAGAGGAAGAAAGGGUAUGUCCACGUCAUUCAGAGCAGUGGAUACAAAGAGGGCAAGGCGGAGGGUGCUACUGUCAAGAUCAGCUCGAAGGAAGGUGGAGAACUGGUGUUGCGCGAGGGCGACGGCGCGUAUAUCUUCGUUGGACAGAGUGGCAGCGUGCUCGACGUCGCGAACGAGGGAGAUCGCACCGCUGAAGUCCUGGUGUUCGAUUUGGACUG